AUGGAUUAUGAUGAUUUAUACAAGGUCUUACCAAAAGACCCUAAAAAAUGGAAACUUGAUGAUGUUACUAUUUGGUUGAAAUUUAUUGGAUUAUAAGAUUUAGAUGUUAAUUUUAGAUAAAAUUCUGUGGAUGGAGCAUUAUUAAGUACCUUAGAUGAUAAUGAUUUAAAAGAAAUGGGAAUUGCUGAAUCUUCAUUGAAAAUUAAAAAAUUAGUCUAAUGUAAUCAAUAUCUAUAAUUAAAGGGAUUAAAAUUGGUUUCAAAGAAUAUUCUGAAUAUUUGAAAUCAUUGGAAAAAGAUUAAAAUUUUGAUUCUCAAAAAUAAAUUUUUAACUAGUAUCAAGAAGAAAACGAUACAUCUAAUAAUCUAGUUGUUUCAAAUUAAUUUAAAAGAAGCUCAAUUAAAGCUGCAAAUUUUGAAGAUUAAGUAUAGAGUAUUUAGUCAUUCAAAUAAAAUAUUCAAGAAGUUAAUAAUGAUGUACAUGAAAUUAUUAAGACAACCCAAAUAAAAAAUGAAUGUAUGGCUUAUCUAUUUAAUAUAAAUAAUGGGAAUUAGAAAAUUUAAAUUUAGAAAGAAGGGAUUACAAUAGGAAGAAAUCCAGAUAAUUCAUUAGUACUAAAAGAGGAUUAUGUUAGUAGAUAACAUUGUAAGAUAUUUCAUAAAGAAAUUAAUGGAUACUUUUAUUUAUAAGAUUUAGGAUCUUCUUCUGGAACAUUUGUUUAAUUAAGCAAUCCAACUUUAUUAAAGGAAGGAUUGAUUCUUCAUAUGGGUUUGGAAUAGUUUUUGAUAUCAAAAAUAAAAAUAUAAGGAAAUAAAUGCUAGGUUUUUAUUAAAAUAUUGGAGGGAAUAAUGGAGAAUAAAACUCUUGAUUUUGAAAUAACUUAAGAUUAAACAGCUUUAAUUUUUGGAAGAUAAAUGUCUACAUUUGCAGAGGACACUGUAUAUAUAUAUUGAAAUAUAUUUAAAUAGCAUUUAAGUGGUUAACAUGCAUAAUUCACAUAUUAAUAAGAAGGAUUAGUAGUUGAAGAUUUAGAUAGUAGAAAUGGAACUUGGUUAAGAUUAAGUCCUCCACAUAAAUAAAGUGAGCCUAUUAAACUUAUUGAUGGAAGAAGGUUUAGAUUAGCAUUUGAAUAGUUUUUUGAAUUUCAUACAAAUUGA